ACAAUGUCCUCUCGAGCUCCAGGGUCUAAACUAUUUUGGCUUCACCAUUAUUACUAUGCUCCUUGUGUUUUAAUCCACCAACAUUCCCAUUUGAAUCCAAGAUUCUUACAUGUCAAAGGUGCCCUCAAAUCCGCUAAGCUCGAUGAUGCCCUCCAACUGUUCGAUCAAAUGCUUCAUAGACAACCUCCUCCUUCUAUCAUUCAAUUUAAUAAGCUUAUUACUGAUAUCGUAAAAAUGAAACAUUAUUCCACUGCCCUUUCUCUUUACAAUCAAAUUAAGUUGAUCGGUAUUCCGAGUAAUCUCUGUGCAAUGAACAUCACCAUUAACUGUUAUUCGCGCUUGAAUCAAGUGACUUAUGGUUUCGCCUUAUUGGCCACCGUCUUCAAGCUAGGACAUACUCCCGAUUUGACCACCUAUACCACUCUUAUAAAUGGGCUUAUUGUUGCUGAUCGGGUUUCUGAAGCUGUUAAGUUAUUCAAGAAAUUAGUUAGAGAGAAAAUUUGUGAGCCUAAUGACGUUAUGUAUGCAACCAUUAUUAAUGGGUUCUGUAAAGUAGGUCAAACUAACAAGGCCCUUGAAUUGCUCAACUUUGUGGAAACCGGAUCAUGUAAACCCUCCGUAGAAAUUUACAAUACAAUCAUUGACAGUCUAUGCAAGGACAAAAUGGUUGAUCAUGCAUUACGACUUUUCACUGACAUGACUAAAAAAGGCAUCCGUGCAAAUGUUAUCACCUAUAAUUCUCUGAUUCAUGGUCUAUGCAACUUUGGUAGAGAGACGGAGGCCACACAAAUGUUGAUAGAUAUGGAGGAAAAAGGAAUCUCUCUAGGUGUGGAUACCUUUACUAUCUUGGUAAAUUCAUUUUGCAACCAAGGAUCCGUAAAAGAUGCAGAGUUUGUUGUGCAAAAAAUGGUAGAAAAGGGUGUGCAUCCAAAUGUUAUUACUUAUAGUGCAUUAAUCGAUGGAUAUUGUUUGCGUGGUGAGUUAGACGAAGCAGGGAAAGUUCUAGAUCGUAUGGCGGAGAAGAAUCUUGUACCUGAAAUCAUCACCUAUAGUAGCCUCAUUAACGGGUACUGCAAAAAGUACAGAAUCAAUGAGGCUAUCCAUCUUUUUCAACAAAUUAAAGACAAGGGUUUGAUUCCUAACGUGUUUACCUACAGUAGUCUGCUACAAGGUUUGUUUCAAACGGGGAAUCCUGCAGCUGCAAUAAAACUCUUUAAUGAGAUGAAAGCCAAGGGCCUGAAACCAACUAUAAUUACUUAUGGUAUCUUGUUCAAUGGGAUGUGCAAAAACUCACAGUGUUCUGAUGCGUUGGCUCUCUUCCGUUCACUGGUAAGAAGCAAUGAAUGGAUGAAAGAAGUAGGUUUGUAUAAUAUCUUAAUUAACGGAUUUAGCAAAUCUGGGAAGCCUGAGAUGUCAAUGGAUUUGUUUGAUGAACUUUCUUUGAAAGGAUUGAGACCAAAUGUCAAGACCUAUACAUCAAUGAUAAGUGUGUAUUGUCAGCAAGGGUUAUUCGACAAAACGAAGGCAUUGCUGUUGAAAAUGGAAGAAAAUGCUUGUUUGCCAAAUAGUGUCACUUACAAUGUUAUCAUUCGAGAGUUCUUGAAGAAAAACGAGAGUCAAGAGGCAGAGAGGCUUCUGGAACAGAUGAUCAGCAAAGGUUUCUUGCCUGAUUCUAAUACUUUUGGGAUGUUGCUACAACUAAUUCCAAGUGAAGGGCAACCUUCUUCUCUGCGGAAUGUUAUUCAGAGGCUAACAAGUGCUGAAAGAAAAGAUGGCAUGGUACCAAAUAUGAAAAGUACCGUAGUUGUCCAUUUUUACCUAUUACGAGUAUUAAUUUUGUUGCAUAAGGAAAGGAGAGUGGAUACUAAAAUGCUAUGCACCAAACUUAAAAAAGGUAGCAGCAGCAGCAGCACCUUUCUUCUCUUCUCAGUUCUUCCUCCUCUUCACCAUUCUGGUAAUGAAAACUACAUUCCUUGUAAUCUUAGAUUUUUGUCCACUAGUAGUAGUAGUCCACCCAAGUUAACUAAGCUCGAUGAUGCCCUCCAAGUGUUUGAUGAAAUGCUUCACAGAAAGCCUCCGCCUUCCGUUGUCCAGUUUAAUAAGCUCAUUACUAAUGUUGUCCAAAUGAAACAUUAUUCAACUGCCCUUUCACUUUACAAUCAGUUAAAGCUGAUGGGUAAUAUUCCACUUGAUAUAUAUGCAAUGACCAUCUCUAUCAACUGCUUUUCCCGCCUUAAUCAAGUGAAGUAUGGUUUUGCUUUAUUAGCCACCAUCUUUAAACUAGGCUAUUCACCCAGUGUACCCACUUACAGCACCCUCUUAAACGGUCUUGUCCUUGGGGAUCGUGUUUUCGAGGCUGUUGAAUUAUUCAAGAAACUGGUUAAAGAAAAAAUUUGUGAGCCUAAUGAGGUUAUGUAUGCAACCAUUAUGAAUGGCCUUUGUAAAGUAGGUCACACUAGCAAGGCCCUUGAAUUGUUGAACUUCAUGGAAACAAAAGGCGGCUCAUGUAAGCCUGGUGUAUAUCAUUAUAGUAUAAUAAUCGACAGCCUCUGCAAAGACAAAAUGGUUGAUCAGGCGUUACAACUCUUCGCCAAUAUGACUGAAAAGGGCGUCCCUGCUGAUGUCAUCACUUAUAACAGUCUGAUCCAUGGUCUAUGCAACUUCGGUAGGGAGACGGAGGCGGCAAGAAUGUUGAUGGAUAUGGAGGAACAAGGGAUCUCUCCAAGGGUUGAGACCUUCAAUGUCUUGGUAAAUUCCUUUUGUAAGCAAGGAUCUGUAAAAGAUGCAGAGUUGGCUGUGCAAACAAUGGUACGAAAAGGUCUAUGUCCGAAUGUUAUCACUUACAAUGCACUACUUGAUGGAUACUGUUUACGUGGUGAACUAGAAGAAGCCAAAAAUGUUCUAGAUCGUAUGAUGGACAAGGAUCUUAUACCCAACAUUAUUACCUAUAGCACCUUGAUAAAUGGAUACUCCAAGAAGAAGCGAAUUAACGAGGCCAUUGAUAUAUUUCGAGACAUCAAAAACAAGGGUUUAAUUCCUAAUGUCGUGACUUACAAUACUUUGUUACAAGGUUUGUUUCAAUCAGGGAAUCCUGCAGCCGCAAAACAACUCUUCAAUGAGAUGCAAGCCAAGGGCCUAACUCCAGAUAUAUUUACAUACGGUGUCAUGUUCGACGGAAUGUGCAGAAACUCAAAGUGUUCUGAGGCCUUAGCUCUCUUUCGUUCGUUGGGAAGCAAUAAAUUAGCCGAAGAAAUAGGUUUGUAUACUAUAUUGAUCGAUGGUUUUAGUAGAUGUGGGAAGCCUGACUUGGCAUUUGAGCUGUUUGAUGAACUCACUCUGAAGGGAGUGAAGCCGGAUAUGAAGGCAUAUACAGUGAUGAUACAAGUGUAUUGCAAGGAAGGUUUGUUCAGUAAAGCAAUAGAAUUGCUUACAAAGAUGGAAGAGAAUGGUUACUUGCCAGAUAGCGUCGCAUAUAAUGUUAUUGUCCAAGAGUUCCUCAAUAAAAACGAGUGUAGAGCGGCUGAGAUUCUUCUAGAGGAAAUGUUCAACCGAGGUUUUUUGCCUGAUUCUUAUACUUUUGCGAUGAUGCUAGAACGAAUCCCAAAUGUAGAGCAAACUUCUAGUAUGCGAGAAAUCAUUCAGAAGCUAACAAGUGCAGAAAUGAAAGAUGGUAAAGUACCCAAUUUAACAUCUCAUAUCAUUUCUUGAACUGUGUUAUUAUAAUUGUUGAAUAAUGGUGCCUGGUUUCUUGUUUACUUACGUUGUAUAGAACAUGAAAUGUGUUUAUAUGGUUUUAUCCAA